GGACCGACUUCCGGCAGUGACGUGUAGAGGGGGAAAAAAACUGGAGGAGGCCGGCUCUCGAUUCUAAUCGGUUUUUUUUUCGAGGACACCGGGGAUGAAGCUGUACAGCCUGAGCAUCUUGUACAAGGGCGCGACUGGAGUCAACCUGCUCAAAGCAGCGUACGACGUCUCUACCUUCAGCUUCUUCCAGAGGUCCAGUGUCCAGGAGUUUAUGACCUUCACAAGCCAGCUGAUUGUGGAACGGUCCCAGCGAGGGAGCCGGGCAGCAGUGAAGGAGCAAGAUUACUUGUGCCACGUCUGCAUCCGGAACGAUUCCUUGGCGGGGGUGGUCAUUGCCGACAGCGAAUAUCCUUCCAGAGUGUGCUUCUCUCUCCUCGAUAAGGUGCUAGAGGAAUUCUCCAGACAGGUGGAUAGUAACGAGUGGCCUUCAGGUUCCCCGAAUGUGAUUCGCUACACAGGCCUUGACGCCCACCUCGCCCGCUACCAGAACCCACGGGAAGCAGAUGCCAUGUGCAAAGUCCAGGCCGAGUUGGAUGAAACCAAAGUGAUCCUGCACAACACGAUGGAAUCGCUGCUGGAGCGCGGGGAGAAACUGGACGACCUGGUCUCCAAGUCGGAGGUUCUGGGCACCCAGUCGAAAGCUUUUUACAAGACGGCUCGGAAACAGAAUUCCUGCUGCGGGAUCAUGUGACUUGUGGACUGGAACGACCACCGCCCCCCCUCACCAUCCCACCUCUCCACUUGGUGCCAACCCCCCUCCCCACCACCCUCGUCUUCACCUCUACAAAAGGAUAUGGUCGGUUUGCAACCCAUUGGCAGUGUGCAGUGCCUCUCCUUCCUGUCCGUGUCUCUCUCUCUCUCUCUCGCUCACUCUCAGCAGCCUGGACAAGGCAGAGUCUCUGUGAGCCUCGGAACCCCACAAACCUCGCGUUGACGGGCGGUUUGCCCCUCACGAAUGCCCCACACUUAUUUCUGCCCGGGUGUGGUGUGGGUGAGAGUCCCCCUCCUCCACUCCCUGCCAGAGGUUCAGAGACGGCGAUCUUUGAACAGAGCGGGUUUUGAGCUCUCCUCUUUAUAUGUGUGUGUAUAUAUAUAUAUUAAAAAAAAAACACCAGCUCGUGUGUUCACAGAGCGAGACAGCACACGGUUACAGAGAGGCUAUUGAACCUGCCCCCACCACUGAUCAUUCCUGUUGAUUUUUUAAACUGCAGCAUUCCCUCUCUGCAUCGUUUCCUCAGCGCGGUUGUCUUGUGUGUGUGUGUGUCCCAGGAUGUGGAGGGACAGGCCCAUCGCCUGUCCACUGAUUUUCCUCCAGGACAGCUGAGAAUCUCCCUCUCUCUCUCUCUGUCUCCUUGACAACAUUUCGAAAAGGUUGGGGGUGUGAGGAGGGGGUUCUCCUGCUGAAAAGAUAGCAGAAACCAGAAGGGCGCUUACAAUUUAAACGGGUUUGCGUGAGGCACACUCCUCAAGGAGAGCUCCCUGGGUCUGCAAUUUGCUGCUUUUUGUGUGUUUGGACAGUAUUGGUUAACUCGAGUCAGAUUUCAGGGCGCUUUCUCCCCACCCGAAUGCUGUGAAGGUUUUGUCAACAGGAGGUUCCCCGACCAAACCAUUCUGCUCCCCUCCCCUUCUCCCCCUUCCCCCCCCCCCCCCCCCCCCCGGGACUUCUGAAAGGUUGCAAAGUCAGGCAGCAAGUGGUUCCUUUCUCCCCCUCUGUUCCAAGCCGUACGCCGGUGCGUGGAAAGACGAUCGAUCCGGAGCUCCGUUUGUCUCCUCCGGACCGUGCCGCGUUGCGGGCUCGGAAAUCUCUCCCAGUCGGCCUGGGGAGGCGUUUUCCUCAGUCCCACCUGACCCCGAACGAACUGACCUGGUGCUUCUGGCCGUCCUUGCGGGAGUCUGCUUUUGAGGGCGACGCAGUCACCCGAGGCUGGGUUCGGGGGAGACUGUGUGUGUGUGUGUGUGCGCCCCCCUUCUCCACCCCCACCCCCACGGCCAGCACAGUCCCACCCAAAAUGGCACACUGACUAUUCUCCACUGAUGGUGUAGAGGGUGCGGUGCUCCGCAGCCAUGCCUCUGGAGAGCCGGGGUCAACAGGAAAUAACUGAUGUUUUACCCAGGGUGGGGAAGCGGCCAUCUCCAGGGACUGAGUGAACAUUUUGACACUGAUUUCUGACUGAAGUGGGCGGUGGGGAAGAGGGUGGCCAUGUUGAAUCGAUGAUGAAAGUGUCCCAGCUUUUUGCGAGUGGUGGUUGGAACACUUGGUGAAAAAGCAAAAAAAAAAGCUCAAGAAUUUUUAUAUAAUCAGGCGAAUUGUAAAUGUGCUGUAACAGAUAACUUAUUUUAGUCUUGUUUGUAAACUUUAACACAACAUGCUGAUUUCCGGUUACUGGUAAACUUCGGUUCAAGAGUUUUUUUUUGUAUUGGAGUUGCUGGUUUUAAUGUGAUGCAAUGAUCCUAUCUACUGUUGUAAUCUUGCCUUUUCACUCUGUAUAAAGUUAUUUUUUGCCUUCGAA